AUGCUGUCUGUCAAAUAUUCAACUGAUAUUUUGUCUAUUAAAUAUUCAACUGAUAUUCUGUCUAUUAUAUAUUUAACUGAUAUUCUGUCUGUCAAAUAUUCAACUGAUAUUCUGUCUAUCAAAUAUUCAACUGAUAUGCUGUCUAUCAUAUAUUCAACUGAUAUGCUGUCUGUCAAAUAUUCAACUGAUAUGCUGUCUACCAUAUAUUCAACUGAUAUUCUGUCUAUUAUAUAUUCAACUGAUAAUCUGUCUAUUAAGUAUCCAACUGAUAUUCUGUAUAUGAAAUAUUAA